AUGGGCUUCAACAAAAAACUUAUAGUGGCAGGUCUCGCCGUCGGAAUCACCGCAUUGAUGCUCUACAAGGCAUCCAAGAAACACCAGCAACCGCAUCAUCUCGCCCCUGCUCCUGCACAUCAAUCUGCCAUGUCUUCGUCGAACCACUCGCAUGCCGCCUCGUUGGGUGGGGCAGCUCUGGGCGGUGCAGCCGUUGCAGCUGCUGGAGCUGCGUAUGCUCACCACAACGCGGCUGCCGCGCCACCGCCGUCGGCGAACAAUCCCAAUCUCACCUGGGACUCGCUGCGCGAUUGGAGGCAUAUUGCCAACCUGCUCGCGACGUGCGUCAUGGACCAGUACCUCUACCCGUUCUACACAUUCGCGGACGUCUCGCGCAUUGCCCACCACCUCGCCAGCUCCGGCGCGCUCGCGCAGUGCGCCGACUCGUGGCAGCUGCCCCCCUACCUCGCGCAGGAUCUCGUCAAGCUCGCGCUGUUCGACGUGAUGUUCCUGCUCGACGACUCGGCGUCCAUGCGGUCCGAGGGCACUCGACGACGCGAUGCCCUGGCGGGGAUCCUCAAGCGCGCCGCUGAUGCUGCUGCGCGCUUCGAUCCGGACGGCAUGGAGGUGGCGUGGAUGAACGCGCCCGUGCACCAGCGCAUCCACAACGUGCAGGAAGCCGACCAGCUCACGUCGCGCUGUGCGUACGACGGCCGUUCCACCCCCAUGGGCUCGUCGCUCGAGUCCAAGAUCCUCGAACCGCUCGUGCUGCAGCCCGCCCAACAGGGGCGUCUGGCCAAGCCUGCGCUCGUGCUCGUCAUCACCGACGGUCGUCCUACCGGCUCGGGCGAGGCCAACCAAAAGAUCGUCCGCGUCCUCCAACACGCCAAGCGCACACUCGCCUCUACCCGCUACGGCGAGGACGCAAUCUCGUUCCAGAUCGCUGCGGUGGGCAACGAUCGCGAGGCACAGGAGUGGCUGGACUCGAUCGACAACGACCCGGACGUGGGCGAUUUGGUGGAUGUAUGUUCCGACAUCCAAGUCGAGUCUCGCCAGGUCAAGGCGAGCACGGGCGUGGAGCUGACGCAGGAGCUGUACUGCCUCAAGCUGCUGCUCGGCCCCAUCGACACCUCGUACGACGCCAGCGACGAGAACGAAAAGAUCUCCAGCUGGAACCGCAGCGCCAAGCGAAGGCGCGAGAAAAAGGCGCAGGCCAAGGCGCACAAGGAGGCCACGUUCCGCGCGCAGAUGGAUGCGUUUAGGAGGGACAGGGAUGCAGCAUUGCAGGGCGCCACGCCCGUGCCCAGCGCAGGCGGUGCGCUCCCCCCGCAGGUCGAUGAUGGGCUGAGCGGCUACAGCCACCAGCCUGGAUACCCGCAGCAGCCGCAACAAGGCGCGUACCCGCAGCAGCCUGGAUACCCUCAGCACGGCGGAGGAUACCCACAGCCGCAACAGGCCGGUGGAUACCCCCAGCCUCAGCAAAGUGGAUACCCACAACCCGGUUCCGGGUACCCUCAGCCUGGAUCCGGAUAUCCUCAGGCGGGCGGCGGAUACCCACAGCCGGGAGGCGGAUACCCCCAGCCGGGCGGCUACUCGCAGCCAGGCUACCAGCCGUACGGCUCGGCGCCCAGCAGCGCGCCGCCGCCGUACCCGGACGCGUACGGUUCGCGCGACAUCCCCGCCGCGGGCAACUCGAGCUACGCGCCGCCGCCUGGCUCGGGUGGCUUUGUGCCUGGCGCAGGCGGGUUUGCCAUGCCCAACCCGCACGUGGGUGGCGCCCCACAACCCGACUCGCACCAGCAGACUCAGCAGCAGCAGCCGUUUGGAUUCCCGCAGCCCAAACCGUAUUAA